UCAAAAGUCAAGUAUUUACUUGACGGAGACAAAGUGGCACGAACACAUGAGCUACAACAGAUGAUCUGAGCCAAGAAAGGAAGCAGAGGAGAAAUAUGAUCACAAUCACUGAGUUUCAAAAAAUUGGUGUGGGUCUGUCUGGAUUUGGUGUGUUCUUUGUGCUGUUUGGAGUGCUUCUGUACUUUGACUCUGUCUUGCUGGCAUUUGGUAAUAUUCUGUUCCUGUCAGGCCUGGCCUUUAUCAUAGGCUUAAAGAGGACGACCCACUUCUUCUUCCAAAGACAGAAGCUCAGAGGCUCCACCUUUUUUCUAGGGGGUGUGGCUUUAGUGCUACUAAAAUGGCCUCGAAUUGGCAUGCUGGUAGAGAGCUAUGGUUUUGUGCUUCUAUUUAAGUCAUUCUUCCCAAUGGCUUGUGGGUUUUUUGGAUCGGUCUUGAACAUACCCUUUUUAACUACGAUGUUUAACAAGUUAUCUGGAAGCAGUUCUUCAAUGGUGUAAACUCGGCCAUCAAGAAAUGCUAGAGAUGUGUGAGGAAAACAAAAAAGUUAAAAAAAUAACCUCAGGUUUACAAAAUUUAUUUUUUCUUUUUUUAAUAGUUUAAAAUAUUUUGUGUAGUAUCUGAUGCACUUUUGGAUAAUUUUAUUUUAAAUGUCUUUACAUUGCGUUGUUUAAGUUGGUAUAUUUUAAAAAGUACACUAAAUAUAAAUGUAUAUUCCUAGGCUAUCAUAGUAUACCGUUAACUGCAUCACCAACUCAAAUGCAUUUGCAUGGCAUGACAUUUCCUAAUGAGAUGCACUCACUCCAACACACGGAGAACUACUAACGCCACCAUGUGGCAGGUCGUUGUAAGCGCAAGAUAAUUUGAUCUAUUUUAAUAUUUAUUUUUGUGUGCGCAAUAUAAACAUUUAAUUUAAUUUAUAGUAGUGGUAAAAAAUAGUUAAGGGGAAAUAACGAUAAUCAUACUUUUAGUAAAUGAUCAUUAAUCUGAAGAAACGCUGUUCAGCACGAUUUGUAUGAUCUUGCUGUACUCCUAUAUUUUUAAAUGACAAAUGACGCUUCAUGCACACGUAAAUAGAGAUGAAGGGGAAUGAAUGGAUGUUUUUAUACUACAUGUUGAACCCUGCACAUGUACUAUAUUAAAGCUGUUAUUUAUUACUGUUUGCCUCAGAGAUGCAUGAUUGGUACUUCCUGACAGGAUGUGGUGCUUUAUGAUCUGAAUAUAUUUGAAACGUGCACUUGAAAAUGCACUGGAAGAGGUCUCCCAUGCAUUUAAUUAG